UAAUUCACACAAGUAUGUUGUCUUACCUGCUCUAUGGUGAAACUGAACAGGAGCUCCUUGAGCCAGCCAGCAUGCCGACAGAAAAAUGGCAUUGCCCAGCAACAAAACACAUCCAGGACGGGUCUUCAUCCUCCUGGCUUAGCUAACAAGAAGCUAGACAGUCGGAGUGUCGUCGUAAACAAGAAAUGGCAGACUUUCACUUCACUGUGACCGGUGCGUGCAUGUGGGUGUCUCCCCCAGGCAAGAAGAGAGAAAGAGAGAGAGCACCAUGGCAUUUGCAGGGAUGUUGAGAGACCAGGACAUCAAGGCUGCCGUCCAGGCAUGUCAAGCUCCGGGCACAUUCGACUACAAAACUUUCUUUGCACAAGUGGGACUGGCCGACUCAUCCCAAGCAAACUGGAGAAAUGUCUUCACAGUCCUGGACCAGGACAAGAGUGGAUUCAUUGAAGAGGAGGAGCUAAAACUCUUCCUUCAGAAUUUCUCUCCUGGCGCAAGGGAGCUGACUGUGGCUGAAACCAAGAGUCUGAUGGUUGCAGGAGAUAGAGAUGGUGAUGGCAAGAUUGGGAUAGAAGAGUUCUGUGAUCUGGUUAAAUAAAGAUGGCCGUGACUGUAUAUCCUGAUUUUAACUAACCGAAUGGAAUUCCUGACUUUCCAUAUUGUCUUGAUGCAAAGACUUCAGAUGAUCUCAACCUGCCUCCUUGCGCCCUGCUCCUUGUUCGUCUGACGUAAAAGAUGAAAAGUGGAUGUGUUAAAUGAGUAAUAAAUAUAUUUAUUAUA